GUUCCGAGGCCGUUAACGGCGGCGCGGCCGGGCAGCGGCUCCAAAACAAAGGGCAGGCGGCCCGCGGGGCGGCGGCGGGAGGAUGCCUCGCGCCCUGCCAGGGCGCCAACGGCCGCAGCGCGUGCCGGGCAGCGCCGUGGCCGCCUGGGAGCCGAGCCCGCGCUGACGGGGGUCCGGGCCGGAUGGGCGCUGCGGGCCGGGGCGCGGACCGCCGAGCGGCCGUCGUGACGCUUCGCUCUCAUCCCAGCCGCGUGGACAGCUGCACACGCCCCCCGAGCGCCGGCGGCUCUCGCGUGCAUGUUUCAGUGUCUGCUUUGUCGGCGAGCCCAGAGCUGCCGUUCUUCGAGUGCCGGCGCCGAGCUAAGCGAGGAGGGUCCAGCGGACACGGUGAAGAUGACAAAGCCCAAGACCUUCCAAGCUUACCUGCCAAACUGUCACCGAACGUACAGCUGCGUCCACUGCAGAACCCACCUGGCCAAUCACGACGAGCUGAUAUCCAAGUCUUUCCAGGGAAGUCAGGGCCGCGCCUACCUCUUCAACGCCGUGGUGAACGUGGGCUGCGGCCCCGCAGAGGAGAGGGUGCUCCUCACCGGCCUGCACGCCGUCGCGGACAUCUACUGUGAGAACUGCAGAACCACGCUUGGGUGGAAAUAUGGUUUGGCCCUGGGAAGCCUCUCUGGCACCACCCUCCCCAGCCUUCCUCUGAUCUCAGCCUACUUGGACCUCCUGCUGAAACUCCCAGACUUGCGGCUCUGCCCAGCUCCUGCCCUGGCAGAAGGCACCUGCCGCUCCUCGCACGCCCAACCACCUCCAGCCUGGGAGAGGCCCGGUGGCGUGGCGCCUGUCCUCGUGGAGGAGCAUGCCUUUGAGAGCAGUCAGAAAUAUAAGGAAGGAAAAUUUAUCAUUGAGCUUGCCCACAUGAUCAAAGACAAUGGUUGGGAGUAAAGAGAAAACUUUCCAUUUUCUUUUGAAUAUUAUUUUGUGAAAGAGACUGUGAAUGUCACGGAAAUGGGAGCAUUCUGGACAACACUUUCUUGAACUUGAGCCUCACGGGCUGGCCUCUCCCGGCCAUCCCCUUGGGUAAGGCGUCCUUUCCAGUCUAUGUCCUAUUUGUAUAUAUGGUUGUUUCUGAAAUGUUUCAAUGACUUUUUCCUAACUUCUCAAGUUCUAGAGAAAGAAUUAACCAACUGAUAACUUAUCCAUCUAGUUAAUACCUUCGUCUGAUCAAUGCCUUUAAGGUAGUUUGGCCGUGUGCUCCUCCAAGUUUCAUAGAAAACCAGACCUGAUCCCCGCAGACCACAGAGCAUCUCAGCAAGUUCACCCCUCUCUGAGAGUGAGGGUGUCGCAGCCCACUUUUUUCUAAUUUGCAAAGCUACAAAUUGGUUGUUCUUGCAGAUGAGCUGUUGAGGUGUAGUUCUCAUUUAGGAAUUUCCAAAAGCAGUCAAAGAAUCUAUACACUAAGGGAAUUUUUUUAGUCUUGUUCAAAAACAGACCACCACUGAAAACAUUUUAAAUAAGCUAUAGAGAAAUGUGUCUAUGGAACGUCUUGUUUAUUUAAGCCAACAGCUUCCUUAUCCAGAGAGCAAGUGAACUAGUCAUUAGCAAAAGCUGUUCUGGGACCCUGCAGGCAUGCCGCACACAGGGCCACAGUUCCGCCGGGCUCGACACGGGCCUCUGUUGGUCAGCAGCUGAGUGGCUGCUCCAUGGGGUUAAUAGUUGAACGCACUGGACCGAGCAGUAUCGGAUUUCCCACUCUGAUGUACUUGAAGAAAAAGAAUUAUUUUUGCAUAUGAGAGAGGCCAGAACAGGAUAAACCUCAAAAGCUGAGAUUUGCCAGAUUGUUUUAACAUUUUUUCAGCGAGUUGAAGACAGGGUUAAACUUCGUAAAUGAAGAUAGUUGGUUUACUUGGUGGGUCACCUGCACCCCACUGGUUCUGUCCUGUGGGAUGACACAGAAGGGACCUGGAUGGUGGCCUAAGGCCUGUGUUUCUGCCUCAUAUUUUAAGUUCCAAUCCCCUGCGCCUUUGCAGGGAGAGCGGGCACUACACAGGGGUUUUGGCCAGUCUGCAGAAAAGAGGGGCCAAAAAACAUUCCCAAGUAAGUUUUGGUUCUUGAUGUUGUGACUCUGGCCAUUGGCCCUGGCCUGUUGUUCCAGACAUCUUGGGGAAACCCUCCGUGUGGUUGCCAUGGAGUGAGACUCAUGGGACCCCAGUGCCAGGGUGCAGGGGCAGAUAAAGGGCCCUAGGGAGGCAGGGAGACAGGAAGGCAACACGCCCAGAUAUUUCUGAGCCUGGCGGAACGCCUCUGAAAUUGCCUUGACAUGAUUAGCCCAGUGGCAGUGAGCGUCAGCUGGCUGGGGGCAGCGAGAGAAUGGCUUCCAGUCUGGGCUGAGGGGUCCCCUCCCUGACUGCAGCCCUUCACUGAGCCUGAAGCCGGGCAGGCCCUGGCCCCAACUGGUCUGGUUCAGCCACUCAGCUAGAGUGGCCCUUUGCACCGUCUUUCUGCCUCGGACUGGAAGCCUUGGCAUAUGGGGGUGAUGCUCUGGUGCGAGGACGUCGGUGAGAGUUAGUGUGCAUAGUGUAACCCACGUCUUUUACCUGCAAACGCAGGUCUUUAUACAGUGGUCUCUGCUGGCAGUUCCUCUCGUUGGCCGCUGCUUCCUGAGCCUAUCCCAAAGAUUCAGGCGGCCCUGGCAGUCCCUGUUUGUCCGUGUCCGGCUCUGCUCCUGCCCGGCCUCCAGGGCACCGGCACUCACGCAGCACACGCUCACUGCCAUGGUCCUGAAUCUAGAGACUUGUCACUAGUGAAGCUCGCACGUGAAGUGGCUCCAGUCUUCGGUGGGAGUCUCGUCGGGGCUCAGGCGCUGUCCUCGAGGGCACAGUGCUCAUCCUGCCCCACCUCUCCUGGCGCCUCGGGUCGCAUGACCCUUGGUGCUACAGCUCCCGGGCACCUUCCCCAUCAAGAGCUUCACUUACACUGAAGACGCCUCUGAAAUAAUUCUGACCACCUUUGUACAUACUAAGCUUAGGGGCAUCUGCAUGUCCUGGGCAAGGGCGCUGCCCCUCCGGUUUGAGCACGGUGUUGUACUGUCACGUGAUGGCAUUGGAACACCUGUACUAGAGGUCUUAUGACUCGUAUUGUCUGGUAACUGACGCCAGCAGCCGCUCUUUCCCAUCUGUGGGUCUUCUGCAAAACCCAGGCCCUUUGAGGCCUACGACCUGAGCACACAACGGGUCCAGGAAGAGCGGUCCACCCACGGCCCUGAGCCUGGUGUUGGAGUGGCCCACCCUCUUAAAUUCCUCAACACUAGGUAGCCCGUGAUUUUUAUUUUAAGUAUUUAAAAUACUGUUUUCCUUGAGGAGUGGGAGGUGUGCUGCCAGGAUUAUAGAUGAAUUAACCUCUGUGGUGUCCCCUGGGCACAGUGCAUCUGCUGUAGAAAUGUGGCUUAGUUUGGCUGCUGUUUUAUAUACAUACAUAUAUAGUAUUUUUAUACUUCCUGCUUAUUCUUGGUGACAUCUGUCAGCUAUUAGGAGGGAGAAGAAAUGGGAAUUUUUUUCAAAAGUCCUUUAAUUUGCCUGAUGACCUCACCAGGUAUUUACAAAAUCCAAGUGAUUUUAAUACGUAGAAAACUUAAGCUUCAAAACAACCUACAGAAAUGUAAACCCUUGUUUGUCAAAGGCUCUGGGGCAGGCCUGUUCUUGUGGCCCAGCCCUGGUGAGGCUGGACAGAUGGACAGCAGGCCAGGGCCGGCCCGAAGGUCGGCGCCUAGAGGACUGCCUCGCUCCUGUGCACAAGCCUCCUUCAGUCCUGUGUCUGUGUGACUUAAAAAUAAAGCUUCUGAUGUCA